AUCCUGCGUAGAUCUGUAGGCGGGCGGACAAAUGUGCUAAGCAUUUACCUGCCUGUCUCAAGAAGAAGUAGUACCUAAUUACUCACUGGCUGGGGAAAGACAAGCUGCAAGCUAGGCCCUCCAUUAAAAAAAUUCCAAUGCUUGCUUGUCCUGCUGCUCCACUGAAAGGUUUCGAAAGAGGCCCGCCUCUAACGUGACACCAACUUCACCUUCCCACCUUCUCCCCUAAACUUCGCACCCCGACAUCGCCCAUAUUCCGCGAUGGCUGGCAAGAAGAAGGCCAAAAAGCCUGCGGCCAACCCAGCACGGGGUUUCGCGACCACCUCGAUUGCCUCCAAACCGAGAGCCGACACGGCCGACGGAAUUGAUGACAUCGCUGAUGCCGCCACCAAGGGAAACGGCAAUGCCCCUCCAUCGAGCAAAGAUGCCCCGCCAUCCACAGCCGGGCAGCCGGGCGAUGCUGCCAAAGGCACCAAGCCCGAGAACCCCCUGAGUCCCGAAGAAUUCGAAAGGCAGCUUGAGGAAUCCGAGCUACAGCUUCUCGUCGAGAAAUACGCCCAAAAGGUGAAGAGAGAUGCCCAACGCCAGAAGAACCGCUUAGAGACCGAUCGCCGCCUCCUCCGCAGCCAGGCCGAACCUAUCAACACCAAGAAAUGGCUCCCCCAAGAGCUCAUGGACCAUCUUCUCGAUCUUGUCCAGGCCGAAGGUCGCUUUGCUGCCUCGAGCGUAGUCACCGAAGGCGGCACCACAGGCAAAGUGCUGCAGGAGGAAGACGCCACCAUGAAGCUCUGGACGCUACAGCAGACCCUCACGGGGGCCGGAUUCCCCGAGGAGAAGAUCCGGCCGGUUUUGCAGUUCGUUCUGGACAUGGCGGCUAAUGUGUCCACCAGCAACAGAGACUCCAUCUGGGGACUUGACGAGGCUCUAGACUGGCUGGCCAGAGAAUGUACUCAAGAAGAGCUUCCGAGUUAUGACGGCCGUGGAAAAUUGCCGCCAAAGUCUCAAGCCGAUACGCCGCUCGACAGCCCCCUACCUUCUGGCGCCAACACCCCUCGGCUUCUGGACGUCGAAGCCGGCCUGGGGUCGAAGCUGAAGAAUGGAGCCCUGUAUUCUCGCUCGCCUCGCGCAUCCUCCCCCCGGAAGCCGGCAGUCAUCUUCGACGAGGACAUAGAGCCGGAGGAGUUGCUCCCUGCCUACCUCGAGACGAAAGAGAAGCUGUUUGCGUUGCAGCGGUCGAAGCAGGAUACUGUCAAGAGUAAACAGUCGCAAUCAAGACAGAUCGGAUCAACAAAAGACGCGGAAGAGGCAUAUCUAUUGGCCAAGCUCGAUCGCAUAGAGAAAGAUGUGCUUUUCGACAAAUUCGUGGCUGACGAGGAAUGGAGACCGAAGAAGAUCGUCCUUGAAAAGGAAUAUGCGGCUGAGAAAAAGAGAAAGGCCGAAGAGGAGGACAGCAAGAAAGCUCUAGAAGACCGCUCCGACGAAAAUGGCGAAGAUGGUGUCGGCCAGGAGGCAGAGCGGAUCGCGACGGAGAUCCUCGCACAGAACGACGAUGACGACGAUGACGACGACCAGGCUCUUGCAGACCUCUUCGCAAGUCUCCCAGUUAGUGAAGUGGACCCCACGACCGGGAAGACAAGCACGGUUGUGAACGGCGCCAACGGGACGAAAGUCACGCUCCGAGAUUUCGCGAAAUGGUCGGGUGUAAGCCCCAUGCGGGCUCUCGAGGAAGCCUGCCGGUCGAGGGACUCGUCUGUACGGAUCACUUACCGACUAAUCUCCGACGUGGCAUUUGCAAAUCGCCAUCUGGUCCACAUCGCCUGGUCCAAGCCGCAAGAGCUGCCGCCUCCGGCCGACAUCCCCGAAGUCGAUGCCUUCACAUCUCCGAGCUUGUUUGUUUUCAAGAUGAUAUCAGUCGCCACUCCUGACGCGAAACAGUCGGAAGCGUUCAUAGCGACUACCGCAAUGUUUUCUAUCUUCAGCUCAUCCUCGAAGGAAGAAAAGGUGUUCCUGAGGCUGCCCCCGGCAUGGAAAGACCUGUGGUCGGAGUAUGCCGAGAAGAAAAAGGCCAAGGCUGAUGCGGAAGAUCGGGCCGCCGUCAAGGAGCUACGGGAUCUUGUGCGGAAGAAACAGGAGCAGGAGCUCGAGGACGGCGUGCUCCUGCAUGGCGCUUUCAAAGGACGAGGCCAAGCCCGAGGUGCGAACGGCGCGGAUGACUCGACCCGUGACAGGACGAGACGCCUUUCAGGAGGCCCCGAAUACUAUCAGCAUAUAUGGCAGCAAAAGAGCAGCACUCCAAAGUUCCAGACCAUGCUGCGAUCCCGAAUGCAGCUUCCAAUGUGGGAUUUCCGGCAGGAAGUGGUCGAUACUAUUGAACGGGAGCAAGUAGUGAUCGUCUGCGGCGAGACGGGGUGCGGAAAGAGCACACAGGUGCCAUCGUUUCUCCUCGAACACCAGUUAUCCCAAGGCAGGCCGUGCAAGAUAUACUGCACAGAACCUCGUCGGAUAUCUGCCAUCUCUCUGGCACGCCGCGUCAGCGAUGAACUCGGCGAAGGAAAGGGAGAUUUGGGGACGUCGAGGUCCUUGGUGGGAUUCUCGAUUCGCCUCGAAUCAAACACUUCGAGAGAGACGCGGCUCGUCUACGCCACUACCGGUAUUGUCAUGCGCAUGCUCGAGGGUUCCAAUGAGCUGAAGGAGAUCACCCAUCUCAUCCUCGACGAGGUCCAUGAACGGUCCAUAGACAGCGAUUUCCUUCUCAUAGUCCUGAAGAGGCUUCUGAUUAAGCGGAAGGACUUGAAGGUGGUGCUCAUGUCUGCAACGGUUGAUGCGGAACGCUUCUCGAAAUACCUCGGAGGAGCCCCCGUGCUCAACGUUCCCGGUCGCACCUUUCCCGUCCAGGUCAAGUAUCUCGAAGACGCCGUCGAGCUCACCGGGUAUUCGGUUGACCAGAAGAACCCCCAGGUCGUUUCGCUUGAUGACGACGUUGCCGAGAUCGAGGCCGAGGGGUCGUCAAAACCCGAGCUCCUCAAGGAGCUCAAGCAGUAUUCGACACGGACUCGAAACACGCUCGCUCAGCUGGAUGAAUAUCGGAUCGACUUUGACCUCGUCGUCCAGCUCAUAUCCCGAAUUGCGACGGACCCUACCUACAUACCGUUCAGCAAGGCCAUCCUCGUGUUCCUGCCGGGAAUUGCUGACAUUCGCACACUCAACGACCUCCUCCUCGGCGACAAGCACUUCUCGAACGAGUGGCUUAUCUACCCCUUGCACUCCUCAAUCGCCACGGAGGAGCAGGAGGCUGCAUUCCUGGUCCCACCCCCCGGGAAGAGGAAGAUCGUUCUCGCGACCAACAUUGCGGAGACGGGUAUCACGAUUCCGGAUGUCACCUGCGUCAUCGACACGGGCAAGCACCGGGAAAUGAGGUUCGACGAACGGCGGCAGCUGUCCAAGCUGAUCGACUCGUUCAUCUCGCGGGCCAACGCGAAGCAGCGUCGUGGUCGUGCUGGCCGUGUGCAGGAAGGCCUCUGUUUCCACCUGUUUACCAAGUAUCGCCAUGACAAGAUCAUGAGCGACCAGCAGACGCCCGAGAUGCUCCGACUGUCCCUCCAGGACCUCGCCAUCCGCGUCAAGAUAUGCAAGCUCGGGGGCAUCGAAGAGACGCUCAGCGAGGCUCUCGACGCGCCGUCGGCCAAGAACAUCCAUCGGGCCAUCGAUGCUCUGGUCGAUGUCCGCGCUCUCACACAGGCGGAGGAGUUGACGCCUCUUGGCAACCAGCUCGCCCGCCUUCCCCUGGAUGUCUUCCUUGGCAAGCUCAUCCUGCUCGGCACCAUCUUCAAGUGCCUCGACAUGGCCAUAACGGUGGCGGCCAUCCUGUCGUCCAAGUCGCCCUUUGUCGCCCCAUUCGGCCAGCGCAACCAGGCGGACACGGUCAAGCUGGCGUUCCGGCGCGGCGACUCGGACCUCCUGACCGUCUACAAUGCCUAUCUAGCCUGGAAGCGUGUCUGCCAGUCGUCGACGGGUCACGGCGUGGAGUUCCAAUUCUGCAGGAAGAACUUCCUCUCUCCGCAGACGCUGGCCAACAUCGAGGACCUGAAGGGGCAGCUGAUUGUGUCUCUCGUCGACUCGGGCUUCCUGCCCCUCACCGACGACGAGCGGCGAGGCCUUAACCGGCUUCGGUACUCGUCGGGCGGCAGGAGGAGGAACCAGGCGUUCUUCGACGUCCCACAGAGGGUCAACGUGAACAGCGACAACGACGUGGUGUCGCAGUCCGUGAUCGCCUGGAGUUUCUACCCCAAGUUACUGGUGCGGGAUGUCCCCGGCGGGAAGGGGCUUCGAAACGUGGGCAACAACCAGACCAUCAGCCUGCAUCCCUCGAGCGUCAACAAGGGGCACAACGAACUGCGAUGGCUGAGCUACUACCAUAUCAUGCAUUCCAAGACGUACUACAACGCGCACGAGACGACGGGCGUCGACCCCUUCGCCAUCGCGCUGCUCUGCGGCGACGUGCGGGUGGACAUGUACGCGGGGGUGCUCGUCCUGGACGGCAACCGCGUGCGCUUCACGAUGCCGGACUGGAAGACGGCGCUCGUGCUCAAGGCGCUGCGGUCCCGCCUGUGGGAGCUGCUCGGCCGCAGCUUCAAGACCCCCGGCAGGCUGCAGACGGCGCAGCACGGGCGCUGGCUCGAGGCGUGGCAGCGCAUCUUCACGCUCGCCCAGGAGGGCAGGGACGCGGCUGCUGGGGCUGGGGCUGGGGCCGCGGGGAGGGCGGGCUGA